AUGGUGAAGAACUUGAAGUACGUUAUCCUUGGUGGAGGUGUUGCUGCUGGUAAUGCUGCAUGGGAAUUCGUCAAACAGGGACUUCAGCUUGGGGAGCUGGCAAUCAUAUCCAAAGAAGCGGUACCACCUUAUGAACGUACUAUACUAAGCAAGUCUUACCUUCAUCCUGAGUUCCCUAAUAGACUCCCUAAGUUCUAUGUUAACGAUCCAACUAGAAGAGAAACAUUGCUUCCUGAGUGGUACAGUGAGAAAGGUAUAGAGUUGAUUCUCAGCACAGAAAUAGUGAAAGCAGACCUUGCUGCAAAAUCUCUGACAAGUGCGGGAGGAGAAACAAUCAGUUAUCAGAUUUUGUUGAUUGCAACUGGCUCAGCUGUUAUAAGAUUGAGUGAUUUUGGUGAUGCAAAAAACAUCUUUUACUUUAGGGAAGUUGAUGAUGCUCAUAAACUAUAUGAAGCAAUUAAAGCAAAGAAGAAUGGCAAAGCUGUGGUUGUUGGAGGUGGAUACAUUGGUAUAGAGCUGAGUGCAAGGUUGAGCGACAACAAUCUUGAUGUUACCAUGGUCUACCCAGAACCUUGGUGUAUGCAUGGACUUUUUACAUCUGACAUAGCUGCUUUCUAUGAGGGAUACCUUGCGAAAAAGGGGGUCAAUAUUAUGAAAAGAACAAUUGUUGUUGGAUUCACUGCCAAUUCUGAUGGAGAGGUGAAAGAAGUCAAACUAAAGGAUGGGAGGGUCCUAGAAGCUGAUUUCGUUGUUGUUGGUGAUGGAGGAAGGCCACAAACAGCCUUAUUCAAGGGACAAAUUGAAGAAGAGAAGGGUGGAAUUAAGACGGAUGGCUUCUUAAGGACCAGUGUUCCUAAUGUGUACGCUAUUGGUGAUGUUGCUACUUUCCCCUUGAAGUUAUGCAACGAGUUUAGAAGAGUUGAACAUGUCGAGCAUGCUCGCCAAUCAGCUGCAAUAGCUGUGCAGGCCAUCAAAGCUGCCGAGAAAGGGGAAAUAGUGCAAGAGUAUGAUUACCUUCCAACAUUCUUUUCCUACCCGCCUGAAAUGUUUUGGUAUUUCUGCGGUGACAACGUAGGUGACACCGUGCUAUUUGGAGACAGCAGCCCCGAGUCAGCUAAUCCCAAGUUUGGGUCAUACUGGAUUAAAGAUGGGAAUGUUGUCGGCGCCUUUUUGCUGAGAGCAAGCAUUGAGGAGGUCCAGGCUAUGUCCAAUUUAGCAAGGGUCCGACCUUCAGUCCAGAAUGUGGAUGAACUUGCAAGGGAAGGUUUUUCCUUUGCUAGAAGAAUAUUGAACCUUUAGUUUCGAAUGAUAACUCUAAGGGUGAUUGCAUAGAAUAAAUUUCUGUACUGACUUCAUUUUACUUUGGGUUUAUGCGAUUGUGUCAUAGAGGAACUUUUGUAUGUUUUAUUUGAU